GGGCGCGCGCGGCGGCGGCUCCAUGGCCCGGGCGCGCUGAGCGACGCGGCCCUCGCCUCAGCCCGGCGGCGGCGGCCGAACAAUGAAGCUCCUGAAGCCGACCUGGGUCAACCACAAUGGAAAACCAAUAUUUUCAGUUGAUAUUCACCCGGACGGGACCAAGUUUGCAACUGGAGGGCAAGGACAGGACUCUGGGAAGGUUGUGAUCUGGAACAUGUCUCCCGUCCUCCAGGAGGAUGCCGAGAAGGACGAGCGCGUCCCCAAGAUGCUGUGCCAGAUGGACAACCACUUAGCGUGCGUGAACUGUGUGCGGUGGUCAAACGGUGGGAUGUACUUAGCUUCCGGGGGAGACGACAAACUGAUCAUGGUGUGGAAACGGGCUACGUACAUCGGGCCCAGCACCGUGUUUGGCUCCGGUGGCAAGCUUGCCAACGUGGAGCAGUGGCGAUGCGUCUCCAUCCUGCGGAGUCACUCAGGCGAUGUGAUGGACGUUGCGUGGUCCCCCCAUGACGCCUGGCUGGCCUCGUGCAGCGUGGACAACACUGUGGUCAUCUGGAACGCCGUGAAGUUCCCAGAAAUCCUAGCCACUCUGAGAGGCCAUUCUGGCCUGGUGAAGGGCCUGACCUGGGAUCCUGUCGGUAAAUACAUUGCCUCUCAAGCUGACGACCGCAGCCUGAAGGUGUGGAGGACACUGGACUGGCAGCUGGAGACCAGCAUCACCAAGCCUUUCGACGAGUGUGGAGGGACGACCCACGUGCUGCGGCUCAGCUGGUCUCCGGACGGGCACUACCUGGUGUCCGCCCACGCCAUGAACAACUCUGGCCCCACCGCCCAGAUCAUCGAGCGGGAGGGCUGGAAGACCAACAUGGACUUCGUGGGGCAUCGGAAAGCCGUGACCGUCGUGAAGUUCAACCCCAAGAUCUUCAGGAAGCAGCAGAAGAACGGCGGCCCCGCGAAGCCCGGCUGCCCGUACUGCUGCUGUGCCGUAGGCAGCAAGGACCGCUCGCUGUCCGUCUGGCUCACGUGCCUGAAACGGCCUCUGGUGGUCAUCCACGAGCUGUUCGACAAGUCCAUCAUGGACAUCUCCUGGACCCUGAAUGGGCUGGGCAUCCUGGUGUGCUCCAUGGACGGCUCCGUGGCGUUUCUGGACUUCUCCCAGGACGAGCUGGGGGACCCCCUGAGCGAGGAGGAGAAGAGCCGCAUCCAUCAGGCCACCUACGGCAAGAGCCUGGCCAUCAUGACCGAGGCCCAGCUGUCCACCGCUGUCAUCGAGAACCCCGAGAUGCUGCAGUACCAGCACAGGCAGCAGCAGCUGGACCACAAGGGCCCCGCGGCCAGGGACGCCGCGCCCGCGGCCAGGGACACAGGCUCCGCCCCCUCGGUCGCUGGCGUCGUCAACGGGGAGAGCCUGGAGGACAUUCGGAAGAACCUUCUAAAGAAGCAGGUUGAGACGCGGACCGCAGACGGUCGGAGGAGAAUCACGCCGCUCUGCAUAGCACAGCUGGACACCGGGGACUUCUCCACGGCCUUCUUCAACAGCAUCCCGCUCUCGGGCUCCCUGGCGGGCCCCAUGCUCAGCUCCCACAGCGGCCCGCCACUGCUGCCGCUGGACCCCAGCACACCCGUCCCCUUCAGCUCCUCGAAGCCUUCCUCCGAGCCGGCGGCCGGCACCCGGCCUGUGGGCGACGCUGCCAGUAAGGACGGCGUGAACACGGCCACUGCUCCCACCACCCCGUCCCCCUCCGUCCUGACAACCCCGUCCAAGAUCGAACCUAUGAAGGCCUUCGACUCCCGGUUCACGGAGCGCUCCAAAGCCACACCGGGGACGCCUGCCUCGGCCAGCGUGACCCCGACAGCCGCGGAAAGGUUGAGAGAGCAGAGCCUGGUGAAGGAGCUGAGGCCCCGUGACGUCCUGGAGAGCAGCAGCGACAGCGAUGAGAAGGCGCCCGCGGCCAAGCCCUCCUCGCUGCCCAAGCGCAAGCUGGAGCUGGAGGGGGAGGCCGUGGAGAAGAAGAAGAAGGGGCGGCCGCGCAAGGACGCGCGGCUCCUGCCCAUGGCCCUGUCCAUGCAGUCCCCCGCUGCCCUGACCGCCGAGAAGGACACUGUGUGUGUGUCCGUCCCAGCGCCUGCGCUGAAGCUGCCGAUGCCGGGCCCCCAGAGAGCCUUCACCCUCCAGGUGAGCUCCGACCCCUCCAUGUACAUCGAGGUGGAGAAUGAGGUGGCGGCCGGAGGCAGCCUGAAGCUGAGCCGUUUGAAAUGCAGCCGCGAGGGGAAGGAGUGGGAGACGGUGCUCCCCGGCCGCAUCCUCACGGCCGCCGGCAGCGGGGACGUGGUGUGCGUCGCCUGUGACAAGCGGACGUUGUCGGUGUUCUCCGCCUGCGGCCGCCGCCUCCUGCCCCCCAUCCUGCUGCCGUCGCCCAUCUCCACCCUGCACUGCACCGGCCCCUACGUCAUGGCGCUCACCGCCGCCGCCACGCUGUCCGUCUGGGACGUGCACAGGCAGGAGGUGGUGGUGAAGGAGGAGUCGCUCCACUCCAUCCUGGCAGGAAGCGACAUGACGGUGUCUCAGAUCUUGCUGACGCAGCACGGGAUCCCCGUGAUGAACCUGUCAGACGGCAAGGCCUACUGCUUCAGCCCAUCACUGUCCACGUGGAACCUGGUCUCUGACAAGCAAGACUCGCUGGCGCAGUGUGCGGACUUCAGGAGCAGCCUGCCGCCCCAGGACGCCAUGCUGUGCUCAGGACCCUUAGCCAUAGUCCAGGGCCGUGCCUCCACCUCGGGGCGGCAGGCAGCCCGGCUCUUCUCCGUGCCUCACGUGGUGCAGCAGGAGGCCACCCUGGCCCACUUGGAGAGCCAGGUCGCCGCGGCACUCGCCCUGCGCUCCAGCCACGAAUACCGCCAUUGGCUGCUCCUGUACGCGCGGUACCUCGUGAACGAAGGGUUUGAAUACCGACUCCGUGAAAUAUGCAAGGAUCUCCUGGGGCCGGUUCACACGUCCACUGGAAGCCAGUGGGAGUCCACGGUGGUGGGUCUGCGCAAGCGGGACCUGCUGAAGGAGCUGCUGCCGGUCAUCGGGCAGAACCUCCGCUUCCAGCGCCUGUUCACCGAGUGCCAGGAGCAGCUGGACCUCCUCCGGGACAAGUAGCCUGCCCGCCCGCCCCCGCCACAAGGCCCACGGCUGCCCUCGCUGGGCCCCGGGGACGCCGAGACCGCGGGAGGCGGGCCAUCCCACUCGGAGCCGUGUCCCGGGCUGCUGCCCCCACGGAGGGGGCGGCCCUGCCCGCAGCGCGCCCGCCCUCCAGGCCCGGAGCGGAGCUGGGCUCUGCCUGCAGCCCCGGGGCCAGCGCGGCCCGCCCGGGCCUGCCAUCUCCAGCGUGGCCCCGGGUGGAACCGGGCCCGCCACCGUGGGGGGUGCCAGGCUGCUUCAGCUACGGUGAAUGAGCCAUUGUGGAGAGAGAGCCCCAGGAGGCACACGGAUUAUGUGGUCAGUAGACUGACCUGAGAGACCUAUGUAAAAGGAAAGCCUGUCCCAGCCCAAGGACUAUUUUUGUACUAGAAUUUGCUACCUUGUAAAAUGGCCAAUAAUCAGGAUUUCCCUACAAGUCACUUGGACAUCGGUCACUUGUAGGAAAUUUAAACUCUAAUUAUGACAGCUACAUUGAAAAAUAAUUGUACUGAAAUUAACUUGUCUAUCUUCAUUUGGUUUUAAUUUUUAAAUGUUUGUAAAAAGAGACUUGUUUUUUGGGGGAUGGGGCAGAGGGUGGGCGAUUUCUUUUUUGUAAGUGUAAAAUAAAUGGACACGCAUUGGAUACCAAA